AUGGGCGCAUCCACGCUGAAUUUGACGCCAGCAGAGCGUCAGUCAUUCGCGCAGCUGUAUGCUAAAGCAGAUCCUACAAACACGGGCGUCGUGUCUGGCGACGCGGCAGUCAAAUUCUUUGAGGGCUUCAAAUUACCAACUUUGACACUCGGACAGAUUUGGUCGGUUGCUGAUGAUGGCAACAAUGGGUUUCUCACUCCUAAUGCUUUCGGUGUGGCUCUGCGUCUCAUUGCGCGAGCCCAGCGCGGUGAGAGUGUGAACGAGCAGGCGGUUCACACGCCCGGUGCUCCGCCUGUGUAUCAGAGUUCAGCGGGCGUCCCUUUGUCUACUGAUUUGGCGUCCUCAUCAAUUCUUACGAGUGAGGACAAGGCCCGAUUUACUCGCAUUUUUGCUAUGGUUGGCCCAAAGAAUGGUGUGCUCAGUGGUGAACAGGCCAAAGACGUGUUCCUCAAGUCGAAAUUGCCAUAUGCAAAGCUUGGCGCUAUCUGGAACCUGGCUGACACGAAGCAGCGGGGUGCGCUUGACUUGACGGACUUUAUCAUUGGUAUGCACUUCAUCCAAGGCACUAUGAAUGGCACAAUCGCAUCCCUGCCAGCGACGCUUCCGCCCGGCCUGUACGAAGCAGCCAGUGAGCCUUCUACUAUACCAACCACGCCCAUCCAGCCUCAGCACACCGGGGCAGACUCGUACAUGGGUGGUGCGCCGGUAUUGGACACGGCCACUCCAGCUCGCUCCACGACGCAGCCGUCACCCGUGCUUCGACAAGCACCAUCAACGGAGGGCUGGGACAUUCUGCCGGCCGACAAAGCACGAUAUGAUGGUUUCUUCGACUCGCUUGAUGCAGAUCGAAUGGGCUUCGUGGAAGGCAAUGUUGUUGUGCCAUUUUUCCUCCAAAGUGGGCUCGAUGAAUCUACGCUUGCGCAUGUGUGGGAUCUGGCCGACUUGACACAAAGUGGCUCCCUCUCUCGCGACGAGUUUGCUGUCGCGAUGCAUCUGAUCAAUGACAGGAUUGCUGGCAAAGAGCUUCCACAGCAGCUACCAGCGUCGCUGAUGCCACCAUCCAUGCGCUCACAGGCAUUACCUCAGGCCGUCGAUGUCAAUCAAACCGAGACACAGCGGGAACUAUUCUCGCUUCUUGACUCUGACGAGCCUCCGACGAUGUCCAAGUCAGAGGCUGCAUCUGCAUUCGGCACGGUGCCCAACACCGUGUUGCCAUCUACGAGUAUGCCAGCGCCAGAGCCUCCAGCCACACGCUCCCAUGCAGCUUCAGCACUCGAUGCAGUCGAAGCGGCCUCGUCCCCGACGUCCAACGCCAAACCCCAUGCCACAUCCUCAAAAAACAUUCCCAGCUUGUUUGAUGACGAUUUCAGUGCGCCGCCGCCUGCUAUGCCUACACCUGUGCGUGACGCAAGGCACGAACAGACGGAGGAAGCGCUCACUUCGUCGAACAAGGCGCUGGACGAUGUAAAGACACGCCACGCCGCUGCUAAGUCGACGCUCGCAUCUCAAGCUACAACGUUGGCAGAACUGGAGGGCCAAUUAGAGCAGGCCAAGAUUGCAUUUGCGAAGGAAGAAACCGCCUUAGCCGAGGUGGAAAGCAAGGUGCAGGCACAGGACGCUGAAAUCGUGAAGCUUCGUCAAGACGUUAUACGUCAGGAAAGCGAGCUGAGCGCGAUCCGAACGCAGCGUGAUGAACUCGAGCAGCGGCUCCUGCAGGACCGCGAGUCUGCUCAUAGCCUGAAACGGCAACUAACAGAGUUGCAGGAACAAACAAUGCAAUUGCGUGAGGAGCGGGACCGUCUUGAACAGGAAUCACUCAAGGAAGCGGGCAUGGCAGCUACGACGAACAAACAGCUUGCCGCUGCACGAGAGGAACGCGAUGCGCUUUCUCGGCAGUCUAUGCCAAAGGCAUCGACGCCAUCAUCAUCUGGCCGACGUAUGAAUCCAUUUGAGGCUCUAUUUAGUACGUCGCCAAAGACUGAGGAACCUGAUAGGUUUGAAUCGCUGUAUGGGUUUGACUCAUUCACGGCGGCUGGAGCUGGUGUUGCCGCUGCCACUGCUGGUCAAAAUGGCUUGAGAUCGCCUGCACCCAAUGCGGCGCAACUGAUGCCGAGGCCAAUGCCUCCUAUGGCCCACCAAUCUGUUGUCAAUGAACGGUGA